AUGAAGGUUUUUGGAUUUCUAGCAGUAAUUCUUGCCUUGGCAGUUAGCUGCCAGGGUUAUAGUUUUUUAAUACCACCCAAACAAAAUAUGCCUGGCGUUUGUAUGUAUCAUGGUGUAAUGCUAAAGCGCGGUGAUAAUAACAUGAUGAACUCAUGCCAAAAUUUACGCUGUAAUGAAGAUGGUUCGAUAUUGGUGCAAGGCUGUGGCCAUUAUAAUAUGCGUGAUUGUCGUAUUUUGGAUCCGAUGAAUUUACACAAACCCUAUCCGGAUUGUUGCCGUAUGAAUUUCCUGUGUACCAUGCCAAAUGGUGAGGUAGUUAAUCGUGAGGUGCACCCUUUGGAGACGGGGGUAUAUGCUUAAACAAUAAAAAUAA